AUGAAACCCUCCGUCGCCAAAGCGUUCUUGGUGGCAACCGUCCACGCGGCUUCCGCAACAGCCCGGGUCUCCUACCGAGGCACACAGGUCCUCCGCGUACCGGUGCGCCCCGACAACGUCGACACACUGAGCCGCGCCAUUGCCGACCUUGGCCUGGGCACAUGGCAAGAUGCGCGCACUGUGGGCCGGUUUGCCGAUAUUGUCGUGCCGCCCGGAGCGCAACACGAGUUGGCCGCGCGGCUGGGGCCCGACGCGGCAGGCAAUGCGGUUGUGAUGCACGCCGACCUCGAAGCGGCCAUCGCCCGAGAGACGCGCUAUGACGUCUACGCGGCCGGCGCGCCCAAUGCGACGUGGUUCCAGUCGUUCCAUCCGUACGCGGACCACGUGCAGUAUCUGGAAGACGUGCAGGCGCGGCACCCGGACCACACCCAGCUGGUGUCGUCGGGACGGUCGCUCGACGGACGCAACCUGACGGGUCUGCGCGUCUUUGGCAGCGGCGGCGGCCGGGUGAAACGGCCGGCGGUCGUCUUCCACGGCACGGUGCACGCGCGCGAGUGGAUUGCGACCAUGGUGGUGGAGUACAUUGCGUUUACGUUUGCGGAGGCGGCGGGCGCGGGCGCGGGCGCGCAGAGCGAGGCAGAGACCGAGACAGACACAGCGCAGGACCUGGCGGCACUGCUCGAAACGUACGAUGUCUACGCCUUUCCGAUUGUCAACCCCGACGGGUUUGUCUACACACAGACGACGGACCGGCUGUGGCGCAAAAACCGGCAAGACAAUGCGAAUUCGACGCACGCAUCGUUGUCGUCGUCCUCGUCGUCCUCGUCGUCCUCGUCGUCCUCGUCGUCCUCGUCGUCCUCGUCGUCCUCGUCGUCCUCGUCGUCCUCGUCGUCCUCGUCGUCCUCGUCGUCCUCGUCGUCCUCGUCGCCGUCGUCAAAAGACGCGGCCCGGUCCACGGCGCCCUGCAUCGGCCGCGACAUCAACCGCAACUGGCCCAUGGCGUGGUCCGUCGACGGCGGCGCGUCCGCCGACCCCUGCGCCCAAGACUACCGGGGCGGUGCGCAGGCCGACGCGCCCGAGACGGCGGCCCUCGCGUCGUGGCUGCGCGCCACGCACGCCGCGCAGUCCAUCCGCCUCUACAUGGACUACCACGCGUACGGCCAGCUGCUCAUGACGCCGUACGGCUACUCGUGCGAGCGCCAGCCGGCCAACGCGUCCGUGCUCGCCGACCUGGCCACGGGCGCCUCCGACGCCAUCUACGGCGUGCACGGCGCCUACUUCCAGACGGGUGGCAUCUGCUCGAUGCUGUACAAGUCGACGGGCAACAGCGUCGACUACGUGCACGACGUGGUGGGCGUGCCGUACAGCUUCACGUCGGAGCUGCGGGACAUGGGCCAGUCGGGGUUUGUGCUGCCGCCCGCCCAGAUCCAGCCAAGCUGUGAAGAAGCAUUCGCGGGCGUGGUCUACUUGUUGAAGAACAUGAAGUAG